AUGACAAAAAGCGAAGAUAAGUGAACAAAUUUUUCGUGCUGAUAAGAGAAAAUCCGUUUAUAAAUAAAUAAUAUUUGUAUAAAAAGCAUUUCUUACUGUGCAGAAGCAUGCUCGCAGAUGUGGACGUAUUCAUAUCCAACUAUACGCUAGUAGAUCCAGAAAUAUACCAAUUAUGGAUAGAGGGAUUUUCCUCAAGUGAGGCCGUUUGCUACUUGAAGCAGAAGGGUUUUGGCAGCUUGUUUGGAGCACCAAUCGAUCUGAUUGCAUCCGAUGUGCUGGAUCAUUAUCGUACUUACUCGCUCAUAGAGCGACUGCUGCAUGCGCCCACAAAAUUACUUGAGCAGUCUUGUUUUCAAUUAGAGCCGCAAACGCGUGAUUUGAUUAUUGAAAAGUACUACUCCAUCGAUGAUGCAGUGGCGCGAGAAAUUCUAGGCAAGAAGCUGUCAUCGCGCUAUAGAAAGGAUCUCGAUGAGGUUGCGGAGAAGACUUGCGUCAAGCUAAAGUCGUGCAGACGCCAAUUCGACAACGUUAAACGCAUUUUUAAGGCAGUGGAAGAGUUACCCGGCAAUAUCACCAACAAUAUUAAGCAGCUAUUUUCGGUUUCGGAUGGAUUGGCCAAAAAAUAUGCUUCUAUAGUCUUUCUUGCUUGCUUACGUUUUGAAACCUCUAAGAAAAAGUUGCAGUAUUUAACUUUUUCCGACUUGUUUGCUUGCUCGCAAGCCAUUAUGAUUUAUUGGACGUAUACCUAUCAGCAUUCAGGUCCUGAGUAUUACGAUACAGAAAUGGACAAAGAAUUUCUGCUUGAUUUGCGUGAGCUGCGUUGCCUGUUGGAUAAAGAGAAGGAAAUCAAGCAUCUAGUUUGCUUGCGUUUAAAGCCAGUUCUGUUGGAGCGUGCUUACUUUGAGCUGGACAAUAGCUUCCGCUCCUACUGGCGCGCAUUUAUUACUAUUGCUUGCAAUUUACAUCGUAAUCGUGAAUUGCGUGACUUAUUUUUGGAUCUUUGUGAGAAAUUAAUAGAACCAUGGCGUCAAAAUGGCUGGAGCCGAGAACAAGUAAAUAAAUUUUUGUCGGCCAUAACUCAAAGUGUUUUGGAUUUGGAAAUUUCACGUGACCAAGAAACGCGUUGCCUUUGGGAUCGCUACAUGCAGGUCAUCAGCAUUUGCUUGGACAGGAUGUAUCAUAUUUAAUUCAACUAAGAUGCCUCGUUUUUGUGUUGUUCAAAAAUGUGUUGUCUCUCUAUUAAUCACGGCUAUCGCUGAAUCCGUCUAGUCCGAAUUUUCGUGAAAUCUAUGAAGAUGCUAUCACUGAAUCCGAAUAGCUACGAACAAAGCAUACACUUUGAGUGCAUACGUUCGUAGCAAUUCGGAUUCAGUGAUCGCAUUUUCGUUAAUUUUACGAAAAUUGGGCUACGAUGGUUGCAGCGAUAGCCCAGAUUUAAAUUAGAGUUCGAAAGUAAUUUAAUGCCUAAAAAAUUUAGAUGUAAAAGUGCAAUUUGUUGUAUUUAAAUUUUAAAAACAUUAAAAGAGCAGCAUGACAUUUUUUAAAAAGUCCUUUUU